AUGUCCUACUUGGUGCAACAGCCGAUGACCUCCAAGCCUGACCUCGUCUCCCAGCAAGAGCGAGAGGAAGAGCCACAGCUGCCCAGUCUUCAGGCCUCGGACGGAAUGGAGACCGCUGAGACUGACGGCAGCUCAGGUGAAAAUUCAGGACCUGUGAGCCAUCAAGGAACCCAUACUAGAAGAAGACCACGUAAACGCUUAGAGUGUGGCAAAUCAUUUGUCCAUCUUCAUGUACACCAGAGAGUCCACGCGGGAGAGAAACCCUACAAAUGCAGAGACUGCGGGAAAUGCUUUUCCCAGAGUCAACAACUAUUGAGACAUCAGCGAACCCAUACUGGAGAAAGGCCUCAUCAGUGUUUGGAAUGUGGCAAAUCAUUUGCUAUAAAGUCAAGCCUUGUGAUUCACCAGAGACUUCACACAGGAGAGAAACCUUAUAAAUGCUGGGAGUGUGGGAAAUGUUUUGCUCAAAAUGCACAGCUUUGGAUCCACAGGCAAGUUCACAUGGGAGUGAAAGCCUACAAAUGCUUAGAGUGUGGGAAAAGUUUUCGGCAGCGUUCAGGACUUGUGAGCCAUCAGAAAACUCAUAGAGGAGAAAAGCCCCACAAGUGUUUAGAGUGUGGGAAAUGUUUCUCCAAGAAAUCACACCUUUUGCGACAUCGGAGAAUCCACAUGGUAGAGAAACCCUAUGAAUGCAGGGAAUGUGGGAAAUGUUUUGGAGGCCGUUCAGACCUUAAGGCACAUGAGAGGGUGCACAAUGGAGAUCGGCCCUAUACAUGCAUGGAGUGUGGGAAAGGUUUUGGUGUACCAUCACAUCUUCAAAUUCAUCAAAGAAUCCAUACUGGAGAGAGGCCCUACGAAUGUGUUGAGUGCGGGAAGUGCUUUCACCAGAAGCAACACCUUCAGAGUCACCAGAGAGUCCACACAGGAGAAAAGCCAUACAAGUGUUUGGAGUGUGGGAAAUGUUUGGCCAGCAAAUCAUACCUUACUCAACACCAGAGAAUACAUACAGGAGUGAAGCUGUAUGAAUGUGAGGAGUGCGGAAAAUCUUUUCUUGCCAUGCGACAGCUUACUAGCCAUAAGAGAGUGCACAGAGGAGAGAAACCAUAUAAAUGUUUGGAUUGUGGAAUAUCGUUUCGUCAUCAAUCAAGUCUUAAGGGACACCAAAGAAUCCAUACAGGGGAGAAACCCCAUGAAUGUUUGGACUGUGGGAAAUGCUUUUCUCGUAAAGAUAGCCUUAUGACACACCAGAGAGUCCACACAGGAGAGAAGCCCCAUAAAUGUUUGGAGUGUGGGAAAUGCUAUUCUCAAAAAUCACAGCUUGUUAAGCACCAGAGAGUCCACACACAUGAGGAAUCUUACGAAUGCACAGAGUGUGAGAAGUGUUUUGCAAAAGAAUCACAACUUCUAACCCAUCAGAGAAUGCAUUUAGGAGACCACCCCUUCAAAUGCUUUGAAUGUGGGAAAUGCUUUUCCAGGAAAGGUGGCCUUACAGUGCACCAGAGAGUCCACACAGGAGAGAAGUCCCAUAAAUGUUUGGAGUGUGGGAAAUGCUUUUCCAGGAAAGAUAGCCUUACAGUGCAUCAGAGAGUCCACACAGGAGAGAAGCGAAAGAAGACAUACAAAUGCAUGGAGUGUGGGAAAUGUUUUGUAGAGAAAUCGAACCUUGCUAAACAUCGCAAAGUCCACACAGGAGAGAAACAAUAUAAAUGCUUGGAGUGUGGGAAACUGUUUGCUCAUCAAUCAGAUCUUAUGAGUCACAGAAGAAUCCACAAAAAAGUGAGACCUCAUAAAUGCUUGGAGUGUGGGAGACGUUUUUCCCGGAAAGAUACCCUUACAGUGCACGAGAGAGUCCACACAGGAGAGAAGCCUUAUAAAUGUUUGGAGGAGGCAUGA